AUUUAAUUUAUGCUUUCUAAUCCAAUAAUCCGAAUAUAGGCCCCCACACUAAUAUUUUUAACCUCGUUAAUCGUGAAAGAACCACCGCCGGUAUUGAGUAUUGACAACCGAUUUCAAGUAGUCUUCAACUUCAUGACGGAUUGGCAUUGCACAGCUUCGUCCCCAAUCCCUCAUCACUAAAUUCAGAGGAAACUAUGGGGUUCGGAGCCAUAAGAUCCAUUUCCCGACCCGUUUCCAGAGCACUCUUCUUCUCUCACCGGAACAUCUACUCUUUUUCGUCCAUAACAUCGCCUGCCACCUUAUUAUCUUCUUUGUCGCCUGAGAUCCGGCUACCAUUUCGUCCUAAGCUACCUUGGAUUCCGCCGUCCAACGCCUUCCACAGCUUAACGGACACCCGGUACCCGAAGAGGAGACCCCUUCUAAAGACCAAGCGCAAAAGACCAGCCCCAGAACCACCAGGGCCCUAUUCUGGCGUUGCCAGGCGUUUGCCUCAUGAUCCAAAACCCCAAAAGCACCCUAAUGAAGGAAGUGUCAAAAGAAGGAAUGAGAAGAAGAGAAUCAAGCAGCGCAAGGCUUUUAUUUUGUCUGAAAAGAAGAAGCGGACGGCAUUGGUGCAGGAAGCGAAAAGGAAGAAACUAAUAAAAAGAGUUGAGCGAAAGAUGGCUGCAGUUGCCAGGGAAAGGGCGUGGGCUGAAAGACUGGCUGAGCUGCAGAAGCUCGAGGAAGAGAAGAAGGCUACUUCCAUGGCUUAGCGUUCCUUUCUAUUUCAUUUGGUCAGCCAUGACUCUGCCAGCAAGAAUUAUUAUUGCUAAAUGAUUCAUGUACCUUUCUUUUGGGGUUUGCUAUGAAGACUCUCAUUAACUUUUGUUGGGUAUUGUUGCUCUAAAUUGUAGUUACAUGUUAGCUGGCAUGUUUUAUUUUCUUCUUCUUCUUUUGAAGUGGAGUGUUAUAUUGCCGCAUCCCAUAUAAAAAGAAGAUUAUGCUACCUGGUUAGUGAUUGUAUAUUUUGCCAUUGGCAUACCACUUCAUCCCAUAUUCCCAUGAGGCAAUGACGGUUUGAAAUAUUUCAAAUCCAAAUAA